AUAAACGCCAACAUAAAGAUAUGUUUGCGAUAUUGAAAACGAGUGAUUAGUUUCUUAUAUAAAACAUUCAAUUAUUUAUCGCUUAAAACGUCUCGAAAUCCGUGAGAAAUGUCUGCAAAAGUACCGACCAUUCGACUCAACGAUGGAAACCUAUGUCCAGUCGUGGGUUUCGGCACUUAUGAGACCAAAAAGGCUGACAUCUUGACGGCCAUAGAGGCCGGCUAUCGGCACUUUGACGGCGCAGACUUCUACGGCAAUGAGCAGGAGGUGGGCGCUGCGCUCCGGGAGGCCAUCGCUGCGGGAAAAGUGCGGCGCGAAGAGCUGUUUGUCGUGUCGAAAGUGUGGCCCAAUUGGACCGGCAAAGGGAGGCCUACUUUGAGCGUGAAACGCACGCUCAAGAACCUGGGUCUCGAUUACGUGGACCUUCUGCUCAUCCAUUGGCCGACGCCCUUCAAGCAGGUGGACGACGACUACCAUCCCGGAGCCGCCGACGGACAGGUGCUGUUCGACGAGAGCAUCGAGUUGUACGACAUAUGGCGCGAGUUCGAGGACAUCAAAAGCGCCGGUCUGACAAAAUCGAUCGGAGUUUCAAACUUCAAUUCGCAGCAAAUCCAAGAACUCAUUGACAACUCGAAGACGGUUCCGGCGGUCCUCCAGGUUGAGUCGCACCCGUACUUCAACAACGACCGGUUGCGGCGAUGGUGUCAAGAGAAAGGCGUGCGAAUGACGGCGUAUUCGCCGCUCGCCAGCACCGGACCCAAUCUCAACCAAUCGCUGCCCAAACCCAUAGACCUGCCGCUGUUCAAGGAGUUGGCCAACAAGUACGGCGUGAGUGCGGCGGCCAUUAUAUUCCGGUGGCAGACGCAGAGAGGGGUGAUUGUGAUCCCCAAGAGCUCCACCAAAGAGCGCAUCCAAUCAAACAUCAAUAUCUUUCACUUCGUUCUGACGGCCGACGAGCUUCUGGCCAUCGAUGGCAUUGACAACAACUACAGGUGUCAUCCGUGGAAUCAUUGGGGGAUCUCUAAGCACAAGAGAUAUCCGUUUGGAAUUCCCUUCUGAAGAGGAUUUCGUUUUUAUGUGUUUUUUAGGAAUUUAAAGAUUUUAUUUCUGUUAAAAACACUUCUAUAGAAGUAUUUGAAUGAAAAAUAAAAACUCUAAUAAUGUAUGACUUAAUAAGGAAUUAACGGAAA